UUAAACUUUUUUUUAGCUUGAACUCCCUCCCACCAGUUUCUUUCCUCAUCCCCUUCCAUCUUCUUGAACUUUCUGGGCGUUGCCUCGCCGAGUAUAAAAAGUAGAAUAAACUGCCAGUGAACUCCUGCUUCUCCACUGAAUUCCGUCCUGCACGCUUCGUAUCCUGCACGUCCAAACCUGCAGCCAUGACUGACUUGGAGAAAUGCAUGGAGUCCCUCAUCGUCAUCUUCCACCGCUACGCCAAAGACGACGGCGACGGCAAGACGCUGAGCAAAAAAGAACUGAAAAAGCUGAUGGAGAACGAGUUACCCACCUUCCUCAAGACUCAGAAGAACCCCAAAACGGUGGACUGCAUCUUGGAGGACCUGGACCACAACAAAGACGAGAAGUUGGACUUUGAAGAGUUUCUCCCCCUGGUUGCGGGUCUGUCUUUGGCCUGCGAGAAGUGCUACGUGCUGCACCAGAAGAAGGGCAAACAGUAGAGGAAGACCUCUCAGUCUGCUCCACGACUAUAAAGAAACCUUUCAGUGAAGACGUCACCUUCUGUCUGCCUCGUUACUUCCGAGAUUUUGUCUUUUUAGGUGGCAUAUUUCUUCAACACGUGUGCUAUCAUUUUAGUCCAGCCUGAGAAAUAAAUGACACCAUGAGUCAUCCUUGAA